GGGCCGGAGCCUCGGACGCGGGCGCCGCCUCCUGCCAUUGUUCGUCGGGCUGAAGCUGCGGCCGGCGCGGGAGCCGCGGGCCGAGAACCCCGGGAACAUUAUGACAACAGAGAAGAGUUUAGCAGCUGAAGCUGAGAAUUCUCAGCACCAACAACAGAAGGAAGAAGGAGAGGGAGCCACAAACUCAGGCCAACAAGAAACUCAGCUGGAGGAGGCCUCCCAAGCGGCCGCAGCUGAGGGCAGCAAUCAGGGUGAGCAGAAGCUGAAAGCAUCCAAUGGGGACACUCCAACACAUGAGGACUUGACCAAGAACAAGGAACGGACAUCAGAAAGCAGAGGCCUGUCACGACUGCUCUCCUCAUUCCUCAAAAGGCCCAAGUCGCAGGUCUCUGAAGAAGAAGGCAGAGAAGUAGAAUCAGAGAAAGAGAAAGGUGAAGAAGGUCAGAGGGAGAUAGAACUUGGAACCAGCCUUGAUGAAGACAUCAUUUUAAAGGCCCCCAUUGCAGCUCCUGAACCUGAGCUCAAAACAGACCCAUCUUUGGAUCUUCAUUCAUUAAGCAGUAUAGAAACACAGCCAGCUCAGGAAGAACACAGAGAGGACCCAGAUUCUGAAACGAAGGAAGGAGAAGGGAUUGAAGAGUGCUCUGGAACAGAGGUGAAAGAGGACCCAGAAUCAAGAACAGAGAGAGACCCUGAAGCCUCCCAGAAGCCCGUCAGAAGACACAGAAACAUGCACUGUAAGGUCUCCUUGUUGGACGACACGCUCUACGAAUGUGUUGUGGAGAAACAUGCUAAGGGACAAGAUCUGCUUAAGCGAGUAUGUGAGCACCUCAACCUUCUAGAGGAAGACUACUUUGGUUUAGCCCUGUGGGACAGCGCAACCUCUAAGACAUGGCUGGAUUCUGCCAAAGAAAUAAAAAAGCAGGUUCGAGGUGUUCCUUGGAAUUUCACAUUUAAUGUGAAGUUUUAUCCACCCGACCCAGCACAAUUAACAGAAGACAUAACAAGAUACUAUUUAUGUCUUCAGCUUCGGCAGGACAUUGUUGCUGGACGUCUGCCCUGUUCCUUUGCAACUUUAGCCCUACUCGGGUCUUACACCAUCCAGUCUGAGCUGGGAGACUAUGAUCCAGAACUCCACGGUGUGGAUUAUGUUAGUGAUUUUAAACUGGCUCCAAAUCAGACCAAGGAACUUGAAGAGAAGGUCAUGGAAUUGCAUAAAUCAUACAGGUCCAUGACUCCAGCUCAGGCUGACUUGGAAUUUCUUGAGAAUGCCAAAAAGUUGUCCAUGUAUGGAGUUGAUCUUCACAAAGCAAAGGAUUUGGAGGGAGUGGACAUCAUCCUCGGCGUCUGCUCCAGCGGCCUUCUGGUUUACAAAGACAAGUUGAGAAUUAACCGCUUUCCUUGGCCCAAAGUGCUAAAGAUUUCUUACAAACGCAGCAGCUUCUUCAUCAAGAUCCGGCCUGGAGAGCAAGAACAUUAUGAAAGUACCAUCGGCUUCAAGCUCCCCAGUUAUCGAGCGGCCAAGAAGUUAUGGAAAGUCUGCGUGGAGCAUCACACGUUCUUCAGACUGACCUCUACAGACACCAUUCCCAAAAGCAAGUUUCUUGCCCUGGGAUCCAAAUUCCGAUACAGCGGCCGAACUCAAGCUCAGACCAGGCAAGCCAGUGCCCUGAUUGACAGGCCUGCUCCACACUUUGAGCGGACAGCAAGCAAACGGGCGUCCAGGAGCCUCGAUGGAGCAGCAGCUACUGAGUCCACAGACCGAAGUCCUCGGCCCACCUCUGCCCCAGCCAUUGCUCAGAGUCAGGUCACAGAAGGGCCAGGGGCACCUAUCAAAAAAACACCAAAGGAAGCUGUGAAGGUUGAAGAGAAGCGGGGAGAAGAGCCAGCUGAGUUGGCUGAGCCGGAGCCCACAGAAGCAUGGAAGGUGGAAAAAACCCACACCGAGGUCACAGUACCUACCUCAAAUGGUGACCAAACGCAGAAGCUUGCAGGAAAAGGUGAAGAUCUGAUAAGAAUGAGGAAGAAAAAGAGAGAGAGACUAGAUGGUGAAAACAUUUAUAUCAGACAUAGCAAUUUAAUGUUGGAGGAUUUAGACAAGAGUCAAGAAGAGAUCAAAAAGCAUCAUGCCAGCAUCAGUGAACUGAAAAAGAACUUUAUGGAAUCGGUACCCGAACCACGGCCCAGCGAGUGGGACAAGCGCUUAUCCACACACUCACCCUUCCGGACUCUUAACAUCAAUGGGCAAGUCCCUACUGGAGAUGGAGUGAAGAAAACUUCUCUCCUCCCCUCGGAAAGAAAGUGCCCUAGCUACUUUAUCCCUGAUACAUAUCACUUAGGGGUGUGCAAAGAACCGGUAUUCAGUUUCCAGACCGACCAGAGAAGGCUAGCUCAGCUAAAGGAACUCAGAGCCAAGUUUUUCCUCUCAUAGAUGCCAUCUGCCUUGAUCAUGGAUAGCAGGAUACAGGGAUGCAGGGGAGAAAAGGUCCAAGUUGACCAACUGGGGAGCUGGGGGAGACUCCCUUAAACGCUAUCAAAAGUAUUUGCUAAGUAUAUAAACCUUCAUGAUGAUCAUAACCAUUUCAGUGAGGGUUUCCAGGCUGUGCAAUCACUGAGGUCUUGUGGGGGAGUAUUUGCCUUUCUUGUUCUUCUCUGUGGCUGCCCCACCCCAGGGUAGACCCUGGAGACACAUGAUACAAUUUAUAAUUUUGAUCUUAUCUUGCAGUCUUUACUUCUAUUCCACUGAGCAAAAUCGAAUUCUCAUACUGAGCUAUUGCAGUCAGAGUCUUUUUUGAAGAGAUAUGAAAAUUGCUCUUUAUAUUCUGCCAUUCUGUUUGUUAGUAAAAGUAACUUCAUUCAUGACAAGCAGAAUGCUUCAUUAUUGACACUGUCUGACGCAUUGAUGAUUGGCAGCAGCAUCAAAGCAGUUAAAAAUGACCUGGAAUCCAUAUGUGGAAAAACAUUCAUGCACGAAUAGCCUCAGUAAGUGACAGAGAGAGGGGAAGCAGGUGACUGCUUGAACUCCCAAGUGUUGCAACACUGAUUUAUUCCAAACACUAAACUUUAAUUCAGUCACAUAGUUAAAUUGCAGGGUAAAUUGCCAAAGUAGCGAGGGGCUAGAACAAGAGCAUCCAGGAGAUCUUCCCACACCUUUGCACAUCCCCAAGAAUCACUUAAGCAUUUUCCAUCUGUCAUUUUGUUCAUCUCUCUGUCUUUCUUGAUCUUCUACUGUGAAAGCAGACACAAGAACGUGCUCUGUUAGUACAGGGUGAAGAGAACAGUAAAAGGCCAGAGAGAUCCACUGAGAGAACCUUGCCCCAGCGAGAAAAUGAAGAGAUUGCUCCCAAGGUUUCUAUUCCAAUCCCCGAGGAACACAAGGCUCUCAAAAAGUGCCGCCUCUACUCUAGUGCUUUUCCGUCGCCUCGUAUUCCUUUCAUGAUGUCUUUUCUCCUGGUCCUUGCCCUGGCUGUUUGGUGGUUGAUCUUUCUGUGAUUGGAAAACAGGGUGCUCAUCUGACAUGUCAAGACUAAAACCACCGAACUCUGUCUCUGGCUUGGAAUGUGUAAUUGUCCACAUCACACCUCGGAUCCUGAGCGUUCACUGUCAUAGGGACCUCUGGAGGUUCUUUUUCCUGUCAAUAAUAAAAUGUGAAUCUCUGCAGAGUAUACAUUGUGAGGAAAAAGGAGUAGCAAUGGAUUGGCCCACCCGUGCUCCUACCCCGAAGUUAACUCGUUUAGGCAAAUCAGAUGGAGGUAUAUGGCAGGUGGCACUCACCUCAAAGCUACCGUGCAUGCUCUUACUGUUGACCUGCUAUGUCCCCUUCUCAGUGUCUCACGCAGACUGGGACACUCUGAAAACAUUUAAUGGACUAUUUUCCCAGUCUUCUAUAGCCAUUUUUCUGGCGUGGGCUCUGUAGUUUAAGAAGAAAUUCGAUUUCCCAACCUUUGAAAAGCCUUAAAUUGAAAAUUUUAAUCCAAAAAAAAAAAAAAA